GUUGGUUGCAUUUGUUCCUCUUUGGAGUAUAGCGUAUGCAUUUUAAUGUGAUUGGUCGACUUGUCGUGGGAUGGUUGUGGGGGUAGUUGCGUGCUUUGUGUUCUCAUCGACCUCAUCGCAGGCGUGCUCAGAAACCCAUCAAUGAGGUUGGAGGAAAUGCCGGAAUACCUAACACAGUUCCGAUAGAAUCUGAUGCACCUCCGCAACGGCUAGUUUAUCGCUGUAGUUGAUGGUAGACUUCGAAAUGGGGGGUUACCGGAGCCCGAUUACCCCCCUUGCCUUCGCCACGGAGGUCAUAAGUGAUAGCAAUUAACUUGCUAUCUCCGUUAACUGUUUCCAGGGUCUGGAACAUAGGACUAAUCGCAGGCGGUCUCUAAUUCAGACACACGCUCUUAUAACAUGGUGUGAUAACGCAAUAAAGCUCGUGCUUAGCUUAAGCUCGGCAAACCGCCGUUAACCCCUUGACGUUGUAACUCGAGUCACGCUCAUCUAUCUAUGUUAAGGCUACCGCCGCCGACUUGGCCAGCCACUCUUUUCUCGUUCCUCAAGGCUAUUUCCUAUAGGGCUAUUUGUAUACUGCCAGCCUAGCAAAUCCCGACAUGGCUUCCAGUAGUAGUAAAGUCGACAUCAAAGUUGACGACACGGCAAUGUCGGAACGCCGCACUCGCAUCGAUGUUGAUAUAGAUCAAGACUUAUCCGGCGCCGACUUGAAGCUCGAGAGGGCCGUGAUGAGGAAGAUAGAUCUGUGGCUAGUUGGCUUUUAUUCAUUGGUUUACGUCUUCAGAGUUAUCGACUCAUCCAAUUAUUCAAAUGCAGCUAUUAUUAAUCUUGAAAACGGCACAGGUAUCAAGAAGCAGCUAGGACUGAGCCCUUCUCAAUGGGCCUGGACAUUGUCUAUAUUCUCCUACAGCUACAUGAUUUUUGAGCCCACGAACACCAUCGCAAUGAAGGUGUUUUCACCUUCGAAAUGGAUGUUUGUACUCAUUCUCGGCUGGGGUAUAUCUGCCUGCUCAUCUGCUGCAGCACAAGACUUCACAGGUAUGAUGUUUGUUCGGUUUGCCAUUGGGCUAGCCGAAGCUGGGUUCUACCCAGCCGUAUUAUACCACAUGGCCUUCUGGUAUAAGCCUAUCGAAAUGCCACAGAGGAUUGCUAUUUUUUACUCGCUUGGCCAGCUUUCUCCGGCAGUGAGCGGCCUGCUUGCUUAUGCCAUCGGCUUCAUGGAUGGGCUAGGCGGUCUUGCUGGUUGGCGAUGGCUUUUCUUGAUUGAAGGCUUGCCUGCCAUUGUGCUCUCGGUUGGGGCGUUAUGGCUACCGGACUACCCUGAGACAGCCUUGAUGCUCACAGAUGAGGAGCGAGACUUUUUACAAGACCGUCUCGAGAAGACUGCCCCCUCGGGAAGAAAAGGGUACUGGGAUUUCGAAUCGUUACGAAAGCUCAUCAAAGAUCCUACCUUUUAUACGUUUACCUUAUAUUGGAUCUGUCAUGGAAUCGGUGGUUUUGGUAUUGGGACAGCGUUGCCUACCGUCAUUUAUGAACUGGGAUUCACGACGACAUCCAACUCGCAGCUUAUGAAUAUUCCUCCUUACCUAUCCGCGUUCCUCUUCUUGAAUGUCUUGGGUUACUUUUUGCAUAAAAAGGCCAUUAGGCCGUGGACUACUGCCGUUACGAUUGAGUCGACUAUUAUUGUUUGCUAUAUCAUCCUUUUUACAGUCCGCAACGCGGUGGUAAGGUAUAUAUUCUUGAUUGUCGCCGUCUCGUGUGCGGGUUCGGCAUAUCCAGUAAUAUGGCCGGAGCGUAUUCGAGCGCUCAGGGGGACAGUUGCAUCUGGGUUAGGCAUUGGGUGGACGAAUGCUAUGGCGCAAUUCAGCGGCAUCGCAGGCCCGCACGUCUACAGCACAGUGUUUGGCCCCUCAUACCAUGUAUCAUAUGGAAUCUGUCUCGGGUUUCUGAGUGUGGGAAUCGCCACAGUCUUGACUUCCUGGUGGCUUGUGUGGCGGAGGGACCGAAAGGUGCAAGUAGAGCAGGACCAAGGGGGUGAACAGUCAGCUUAAGCAUUUGGAAUAGAGACUUGUGGACUCCUUGGAGAGUAAUUGGUGGCUACUAUUUUAUUCUACUGGUGCAACUUUCAUUCGGUUGAUCGUGUUAAUCUUAUAAAGCUAGAUGGCAUGGCAGUAAGUAACUUUACGAGAAGUAUACAAAGUAGGCCUCGCUAUGUAAUAUAUCUUAUACUAUGUAUAGUAUGUCGAGUACAGUGUCGGGUUUACCUUGGCACGCUUUGGUAUCUUCAUAUGUAGGUAAGUAGUGACAGAAGUUGAGGUUGUGAGCUGGAAGAUGCGAGAAAGGG